CUGGUCGUUUGACGACGGUGGGAGUGGGAGAGAGACGGACGACAAAAGGCGAAACGAGAUGACUGAUGACUGAACACAAAUUUUCACUAGAUAUCAGCUGAUUCUAAUUUGGUUCGCACAAAUUAGCUCUAAUUAUCUGUUCUAAACUAAGGCGGGCUUUCGUUGAAGGCCAGCCUAUGUGAUGUCAACUAUAGCAGGAGAGGGUCUUUUCAACACAUCUGUUGUGUUUAUGGACGCGCUCUUGUCUGGCUUUUCUUACAUUGUGCUCUAUGCUAUUGGCUUAACCUCAAACGCCAGCGAAGGGUUGUUCCAUCUUUCAACCCUGUCACUUCUCGACUGGCAGGCUUUCUUUUCAUACAACGAGUUCCAAGUAGCUCUGUUGAAGAUCUUCCUUUUUACCCUGACUUUUAAUUUGUUGUGUAUUUUCAUUGCCUGGAAAUGGUAUGGAAAGAACAUUUAUGAUACUUUUAUGAAACCUGUUACGCCAAAAAUCAUUGAAGACUUGAAGAAGAGUGUGUCUCGUCUGAACUUGCCAAAGGAGCAUUCUCCUAGAGUUUAAUUUUACUAUUGAAAUUUCUAUCAAUCUAUCCAUCCCACUGCUGGAUUUCAAGAACACACAAU